GGUUAGCCAUUGGCCUUGGUUUAAGAAGAUGGAGCAGAUUGUUGGGUCUUCAUCUUCUUCGUCGAAGGCUAUUGUGGCUACGGAUGACGAUAAAUGCUCUGCUGCUGUUGGUGGUGCUUCUACUCCCACGUCCAGACAAAUCAAGAGCUCCUGGUUCAGCUAGCUUAGCAAAUAACUUCAAGAUGAAAUCAGUAUCAAAUCCCAGAUGGAAGAGGGCAGUAUUGAAAAUCAGUGGCGCUGCAUUAGCUGGAACUGGUCCGCAGAAUGUCGAUCCAAAGGUGAUUAUGCUAAUUGCUAGAGAAGUUGCAAUGGCAAGCCGUGUUGGUGUUGAGGUGGCAGUCGUUCUUGGAGGUCGAAAUUUCUUUUGUAGUGACACUUGGUUAGCUGCUACAGGAACUGACAGGGGCACAGCUUACCAAAUUGGAAUGAUGGCAUCAGUGAUGAACUCUCUUUUGCUUCAAGCAUCAUUAGAGAAAAUUGGUGUUGAGACGCGUGUACAGACUGCAUUUGUGAUGCAAGAGAUUGCUGAACCUUACAUCAGGCGACGAGCCAUUCGACAUCUUGAAAAAGGAAGAGUUGUAAUAUUUGGGGGAAUUGGUGCUGGACUGGGAAACCCUCUCUUAACCACUGAUACUGCAGCUGCCCUGAGGGCCUCAGAAAUUAAUGCUGAUGUUCUGCUUAAGGGCACAAACAUGGACGUUGGUUAUGAUUGUCAUUCCAGAACCAACAGUGAUGCAUUUGAGCACAUUGCAUUUAAGGACCUUGACUCAAGAGGCUUUUCUGCUAUGGACAUGACAACUAUGACAUUUUGUGCAGAGAAUAACAUUCCUGUUGUUUUCUUUAAUUUAGUAGAGCCUGGCAAUAUUUCACGGGCGCUAUGUGGAGACCACAUUGGUAUUCUUAUCGACCAGUCAGGGAGGAUGAGCUGAGUUUCUAGUUAUCAAAGUUCCAAAAAGAAGGGAAUACAUUUAUGAUAAGUUAUUAUCAUUUGUACAUGCUCUGUUUCAUGUAUGGCCUUUUAUUGUUGAUUUAUUGAGUCCUGCCCUGUGCUUGACGUAUGAUGGUUCAACCUCCAGUUGAUGCUUUUGUUAGAAGCGGAACUGUGCUUUUUGUGCUCUUUUAUCAUGAGCAGAGCUAUGGUCCUGUGCCUCGAGGUUGGCAACUUUAUAAGGCUUCCUCCGCUCAAAGGCCUGUUUCCCUGCAGAUCGGAGCUUAAAAAGCUUCUCAAGUGUUCCAUGCAAUGCCUUUUGUCUGCACAUUUGGUUGUAUAAAUAUGAAAGUUAGGCUGGCUCAUGUGUUGUGAACGAGGCUUGUAGAUGUGUUUGAAUAUACUGUACAAAGGGAAUGUCUAGGAUAGCUUGAGAUAGGAAUGCAGCUUUUUGGAAAAUGCUUAUACUGUAAACCCUGGUUUAAGUAGAGGGUGCUGGUACAGGUUUCUGUACUGUUGUAUUGAAAAUCUGUAUUGUUGUUGUUGAUGCUGAGAUUGCUGGCUUACCUCGACUCAUGCCACUUGUUUAUGUAAAAGAAUUUGCGUGCUAGCAUGCAAUGUAUCAUGACUAAUUACGUCUA